CUGAGGGGAGGCCCGGAGCCUUUCUGGGGCCUGGGGGAUCCUCUUGCACUGGUGGGUGGAGAGAAGUGCCUGCAGCCAACCAGGGUCAGGCUGUGCUCACAGUUUCCUCCGGCAGCAUGUAAAGGCUCCACAAAGGAGUUGGGAGUUCAAAUGAGGCUGCUGCAGACGGCCUGAGGAUGGACCCCGAGCCCUAAGCCCAGCUGCCUGCGUCCCGACCUGCAGAGCAUGGCACUGAGGCAGCCCCGGGCCCCGGCGGGGCGAGGAGACAGGUUGUGAGCAGCCCUGGCAGGACCCGCAGGCAGCCCCCGCCCCAUCCACGGCUAGAGCCCUCUGUGGAGGCAGAGCAGAGCAAGCAGAGGCCAGGGAGGCAACUCGGGGACCCCGCCUGCAGGCCAUGGACGGGCUGCCCUGCUGACAGCCGGGGUGAAGCCUGUGAGGAGUGGCCCUGGGAGCCGAGCAGGAGAGAAGAGGCUUUCACAGGCUCUGAUCACGAAGAGGGACCACCAUUUUGCAAGAACCAUGAGGUCACUGUGCGUGACAUACUGGUGGCUGGGACUGCUGGCUGCCACGGGAGUGGCUGCAGGCCAGAAGGAUGAUUUUGAGGGCACCGAGGAGGGCUCGCCCAGAGAGUUCAUUUACCUGAACAGGUACAAGCGGGCUGGCGAGUCCCCGGACAAGUGCACCUACACCUUCAUUGUGCCCCAGCAGCGGGUCACAGGCGCCAUCUGCGUCAACUCCAAGGAGCCUGAGGUGCUCCUGGAGAACCGAGUGCAUAAGCAGGAGCUGGAGCUGCUCAACAGCGAGCUGCUCAAGCAGAAGAGGCAGAUUGAGACGCUGCAGCAGCUGGUGGAGGUGGACGGGGGCAUCGUCAGUGAGGUGAAGCUGCUGCGCAAGGAGAGCCGCAACAUGAACUCGCGGGUCACGCAGCUCUACAUGCAGCUGCUGCACGAGAUCAUCCGCAAGCGGGACAACGCGCUGGAGCUCUCCCAGCUGGAGAACAGGAUCCUCAACCAGACGGCCGACAUGCUGCAGCUGGCCAGCAAGUACAAGGACCUGGAGCACAAGUACCAGCACCUGGCCACGCUGGCCCACAACCAGUCGGAGAUCAUCGCGCAGCUGGAGGAGCACUGCCAGCGGGUGCCUGCGGCCAGGCCCGUGCCCCAGCCGCCCCCCGCCGUCCCGCCCCGGGUCUACCAGCCGCCCCCCUACAACCGCAUCAUCAAUCAGAUCUCCACCAACGAGAUCCAGAGUGACCAGAACCUGAAGGCGCUGCCGCCCCCUCUGCCCACCAUGCCCAUCCUCACCAGCCUUCCGUCCUCCACUGACAAGCCGUCGGGCCCAUGGAGAGACUGCCUGCAGGCCCUGGAGGACGGCCACGACACCAGCUCCAUCUACCUGGUGAAGCCAGAGAACACCAACCGCCUCAUGCAGGUGUGGUGUGACCAGAGACAUGACCCUGGGGGCUGGACAGUCAUCCAGAGGCGGCUGGAUGGCUCUGUCAACUUCUUCAGGAACUGGGAGACAUACAAGCAAGGGUUCGGGAACAUUGAUGGCGAGUACUGGCUGGGUCUGGAGAACAUUCACUGGCUGACGAACCAAGGCAACUACAAGCUGCUCGUGACCAUGGAGGACUGGUCUGGCCGCAAGGUCUUUGCAGAAUAUGCCAGCUUCCGCCUGGAGCCCGAGAGCGAGUAUUAUAAACUGCGGCUGGGGCGCUACCAUGGCAACGCUGGCGACUCCUUCACCUGGCACAACGGCAAGCAGUUCACCACCCUGGACAGAGACCAUGAUGUCUACACAGGAAACUGUGCCCACUACCAGAAGGGAGGCUGGUGGUACAAUGCCUGCGCCCACUCCAACCUCAAUGGGGUCUGGUACCGCGGGGGCCACUACCGGAGCCGCUACCAGGACGGAGUCUACUGGGCUGAGUUCCGCGGCGGCUCCUACUCGCUCAAGAAAGUGGUGAUGAUGAUCCGGCCCAACCCCAACACCUUCCACUGAGCCAGCUCCCCUCCUGACCUCUCGUGGCCGUCACCAGGAGCCUGCCUGGCCGUGCUGGUCCAGCACAAGAGCAUCUCAUCACCAGCUCACCUUGGGGCCAGGAGGCUGGGGACGCUGGGUUCUGUCUCCCCAAGCCGCUGUGGCAGAUGAUGGAACCGAAUCGACACAGUAUUCUCUGUCCCUACUACUUUUCUUCACACCGGACAGCCCCUCAUGUUUCCAGACAGGACAGGAAUGCAGACCAGUCUUUCUUUAAAUAAAUUAAAGCCCUACAAGAAAAACACAACUGCAAAAUAUCUUCAUAAUACACAUAUGCACAGGCGACCUUGUGCAUUUAUGUGUAUACCACAUAUAUAUGCACUUAGAUAUAUAACACAUGCAAUGUAUCUGGAUACAUAUAUGGGUUUGCCUUAUAUACCUAAAUACACAUAUAUUCAGUUCUCAGAUGUUGAAGUUGUUACCAACAGCUUUGCUCUUCGGAGAAAAAUGAAAUAUGAAAAUAUGUUGUUCAUAUUGUGUUACUUGAGUCUAAGAGCAGAUCACAGUCUAUGUAGCUCCAAUUCAAAGAAUAAUUCCUGGCAUCCGUGUGCGUGGAUUCUUCUAGGAAUGUCUACAGUGCUAUUCUCCCACACAGGGGUUCCCUUCCUCACUAAGAACCCCUUUGGGCACCUAAUCAGAUUUCAAAAUCCCCCUCCCUCUCCAUUUCCACACUUCUCCCCAUUCUCAGGACUCCUCUCUGUCCAUCCGUCAUCCAUCCAUCCAACCACCUGCUUCUUCCUUCCCUUGCCACCACUCGUUACAUGUCUUCAGCGUGCCAGCCCCUGCCCACUCGUGGCUCCGGGCACCUUUUCUGCCCCUCUCUGCUCUCUGCUGACCUGCCCCUUAUCUCUUCUGAUGCGCCAUCUCUUCUUUCCAGGCAAGAGUCCUCAGCCUCUGAAUAGGAGACAGUCUGGGCUCCAGGUUUCUGGUCAGGAAAGGGCAGGCCAGGCCCAAAAGCAAACUACUGGCCACAUAGAUAAUGUAUUCGCAGUUUUGUAUCUUCCAUUCACACGUUAGCCUACAUGUCAUUUUAACCUUCACAGAAAUAAUAACCUUCUUUGCCCAGAAGAUACUCAAUUGAAGAGAAGUCAUCACCCGAACGUUGGGGCCCCCAUAUGGCUACAGACCAAAGGUCCCAUGCUCUCAGGCCGACUAGAGUCAACAUCUCGUCCCCAAACUACACGUCCCCAGAGAAAAAGUGCCGCACAAACGAGAACUGGCUGCUCCUCGUCAGUCACUAAAUAACCAGGAGCCGUGGGACCUCUCGCUUGGUGUGUCGCCAUGUGGUGGCCUUCUGAGUCCUGCUGGCCACGAAGUGUCAGACUCAGUAUGACCAGGACUAUUGCCACGAAGGGCGCAAGAGAUGCGUGGGGGAGGUGAGGUCCUCCCCGGUGGGCACGUGUGUCGGGGCGUGCGAGAUGUUGGCACGUUGGGUACUGUCCAUGUCUGGGUGUGUGCCUAUUACCUCAGCAUUCUCACAAAGUGUACCAUGUAGCAUGUUUUAUGUAUAUAAAAGGGAGGUUUUUUUUAAUAUAUUCCCAGAUUAUCCUUGUAAUGACACAAAUCUGCAAUAAAAGCCGUCAGUGCUGGGUGGAUGCAUCUA